AGCCACCAUGCCUGGCCAUAAAUUUGUUAUUUUGGAAUAAUUUUAGAUUUAUAGAAAACUUGCAAAGAUAAUCUACAAAGUUCCCAUAUACCCGUCACCCAUUUUCUUCUAAUGUGAGCAUCUUACAUAACCAUGGUCCAUCAAAACUAAGAAGUUAUCAUUUGUAUAUUACUAUUAAUGAAAUUCCAGAUUUUCAACAGUUUUUCCACUAAUAUCCUUUUUCUAUUCCAGUACCCAAUCCGGUAUACCCCACUGUAUUUAGUUCUUAUGUCUCCUUGAUCUGCUUUGUGACAAUUUCUCAGUCUUUCCUUUUUUUUUUUUAAAUCACUUUGACAGUUUUAAGGGUGCUGGUCAGGUAUUCCAUAGAAUGUUCCUCAAUUUGGAAUUUUUCUCAUGAUUAGACUGGAGUUAGGUGUUUUGCAGGAGAAUGCCACAAAGGUGAAGUGUCCAGGCUCAUCACUUGAUACACCUGGUGACAGUAACCUUGAUCACUUGAUUGAAGCAGUGUUUGUCAGGUUUCUCCACUUUAAAGUUACUAUUUUUUCCCCUUUCCAUACUCUGUUCUUUGGAAGUGAGUCACUAAGUCCAACACAGGUCCAAGGGAGGAGGGCCAAUUCGGCUCCAUAGUUCUGAAGGCUGGGAAGUCUAAGAUCAAGGCAGACCGGGUGUGGUGGCUCACGCCUGUAAUCCCAACACUUUGGGAGGCCAAGGCGGGCAGAUCACGAGAUCAGGAGUUUGAGACCAGCCUGACCAACAUGGUGAAACCCCGUCUCUACUAAAAAUCAAAAAUUAGCUGGGCAUGGUGGCAUGUGCCUGUAAUCCCAGCUACUCAGGAGGCUGAGGCAGGAGAACUGCUUGAACCCGGGAGGCAGAGGUUGCAGUGAGCCAAGAUCGUGCCACUGCACUCCAGCCUGGGUGACAGGGUGAGACCCCAUCUCAGAAAAAAAAAAAAAAGAUCAAGGCACUGGCAGGUACCAUGUCCAGAGGGUCCGUUCCCCAUGAAUUCCAUCCUCUUGCUGUGUCCUCAUGUGCCAGAAGGCUACAUUUUCCUAUUCUGCUGUUGCUUUACCCAUAGUUACACUCUGGCAUCAAAAUUGCUGUUUGAGAGGAAGUGAGUGUAGACAGGGGAGUAAGAGGUCUGAUGACAGAGGCAGGGAAUAAAUGUUUGGAGUCCACAGCAUCGUGAGAAUUUCUUAGGAAUAGAGUCUAGACCCCCAGUGCUGUCACUCUCACCCAUCCUCCUCUACAAUGUGAGAUGUUUCAGGACCCAGUGGCCUUUGAGGAUGUGGCUGUGAACUUCACCCAGGAGGAGUGGGCUUUGUUGAAUCCUUUCCAGAAGAAUCUCUACAGAGAUGUGAUUCAGGAAACCUUCAGGAACCUCAUCUCUAUAGGGAAUAAAUGGAAAGACCGGAACGUUGAAGAUCAGUACAGACAUCCCAGGAGAAAUCUAAGAACUUUUAUGGGAGAGAGACUCUUUGAGAGUACAGAAUGUAGUCAGUGUGGAGAAACUUUCACCCAGGUUCCAGAAGACAUGCUGAACAAGAAAACUCUUCCUGGAGUAAAAUCGUGUGAAAGCGGUACAUGUGGGGAAAUCUUCAUGGGACAUUCAUCCCUUAAUAGGAACAUCAGAACUGACGCUGGACACCAACCAUAUAAGUGUCAGAAAUUUUUAGAGAAGCCAUAUAAACAUAAACAACGUGGGAAAGCCUUGAGCCAUAGCCACUGCUUUCGAACACAUGAAAGGCCUCACACUAGAGAGAAACCUUUUGAUUGUGAGGAAUGUGGAAAAUCUUUCAUUUCUCCUGCAAGCAUUGGAAGACAUAUGGUAAUGCACAGUGGAGAUGGACCUUAUAAAUGUAAAUUUUGUGGGAAAGCCUUGAUGUUUCUCAGUUUGUAUCUUAUCCACAAACGAACUCACACUGGAGAGAAACCAUAUGAAUGUAAACAAUGUGGUAAAGCCUUCAGUUGGCACAGUUCUGUUCGAAUCCACGAAAGAACUCACAAUGGGGAGAAGCCAUAUGAAUGUAAGGAGUGUGGGAAAUCAUUCAAUUUUUCCAGUUCCUUUCGCAGACAUGAAAGGACACACACAGGAGAGAAGCCGUAUAAAUGUAAGGAAUGUGGGAAAGCCUUCAAUUGUCCCAGUUCUUUUCACAGGCAUGAAAGGACUCACACAGGAGAAAAACCCUAUGAAUGUAAACUAUGUGGGAAAGCAUUAUCUCGCCUUAUAAGCUUUCGAAGACACAUGAGAAUGCACACUGGAGUGAGGCCUCAUAAAUGUAAGAUAUGUGGGAAAGCCUUUUACUCUCCCAGUUCAUUUCAAAGACAUGAAAGAAGUCACACUGGAGAGAAACCCUACAAAUGCAAGCAAUGUGAGAAAGCCUUCACUUGUUCCACUUCGUUUCAAUAUCAUGAAAGGACUCACACUGGAGAGAAACCCUAUGGGUGUAAGCAAUGUGGGAAAGCCUUCAGAUCUGCCAAGUACAUUCAGAUACAUGGAAGGACUCACACUGGUUAGAAACCCUAUGAAUGUAAGCAAUGUGGGAAAGCAUUUCAUUGUGUCAGCUCCUUCCGUAGACAUGGAAGGACUCACACUGGAGAAAAACCUUAUGAAUGUAAGCAUUGUGGGAAAGCCUUCACUUGUUCCAUGUAUAUUAGAAUACAUGAAAGAAUUCACACUGGAGAGAAACCUUACCAAUGUAAGGAAUGUGGGAAAGCCUUCAUUCGUUCCAGUUACUGUCGAAAACAUGAAAGAACGCACACUAUUAAUAUAUGAGAGAAAUGCUAUUUUUUAAUUUUUAUUUUUGUAGAGACAGGGUCUCACUAUCUUGUCCAGGUUGGUCUUGAACUCCUGGCCUCAAGCAUCCCUCCCAGCUUGAGGUCUCAAUAAAGGAAAGCAAUAAAUGUAGAGAUGGAGUUAGGUGAUGCCACGCUGGGAUUCCCAGUGGCCUAUCUUACAUAUGAUUUCGAAGGCAGACAUGAGGAAGGCCUUAGUCACAUUUUAGAGCCAGCCAAAUUCACAUGGGCUGUGUGGCCCCCUGAUUCUAGCCCAUUUUCCUGAUUCUCUGGCUUGUCAAUCAAGAGUAUCCUCCAAAUCUCUUGACUUUCCUUUUCUCAGAGGUGUAGGUUUCCAAAGAUGUCCCCAGAAGCUCCACAUUCAAGUUCUAUCUACAGUUUGGUUUUUCUUUAAGUAUUGUAAUGUCCCUACCAGAGAGAUAAUGCAGACUGUCAUGGGUGGGGAAUGUUCUCUGAUGCUCAACUCCCCCAGUCUGCAGAUUAAGUUGGUAGGAGGUGUGAUUUGUUUACAUGCACCUUUGUUCCUGCUGGUAGUGACCUUGUUCUUGAUUCAGCCUGACAGCUACUAUGCUGCCAUCAGAACCAACUUGAUGAGAGCUCUGCUGCCAUGUGCAGUGACUGGUCUCAUCCAGGACACUCAUGUGAGAAGGAACACCUUGCUCUGGUCAGGAAAUGUCCAGUGUUUCCUGUUAUCCACAAGAGAAUGUAAUGCCUCAGUUCGUUUUCAAUUAUCUUUGUUUAUAUGUGAUUGACAACUUGUAUUUUUGAGGGAGCAAAGAUUUCCGUACAUAUUUCUUAAAAAUAGUUUAUUCAGCCGGGCGCAGUGGCUCACGCCUGUAACCCCAGCACUUUGGGAGGCUGAGGCGGGCAGAUCACGAGGUCAGGAGUUUGAGGCCAGCCUAGCCAACAUGGUGAAACCUCAUCUCUACUAAAAGUACCAAAAUUAGCCGGGUGUGGUAGUGGGUGCCUGUAAUCCUAGCUACUCGGGAGGCAGGAGAAUCUCCUGAACCUGGGAGGCAGAGGUUGCAGUGAGCCAAGAUCACGCCACUGUACUCCUGCCUGGGCGACAGAGCAAGACUCUGUCUCAGAAAAAAAAAAAAAAAGUUUACUCACUGUUUUUCAGUUGUAUACUUACAAAUGUUGUUCUCUUUUUUUUGUAUACUGAGAAGCUCUAUUAAAAUAUCCCUUGUCAACAUGGAUCAGA